AUGCUUCCGCUCGAGCUGGCACUUGCACCUCCGGACAGGGGCAAUGCUGGCGGAAGUAAGACAAGCGGGCCUGGGUGGAGGCAUAGCCCAGAGGUGCCGGUCGGUGCAAGGGAGAAGGCAUUCCUGUGCGUGACGGAAGCUGUUCGAGCGAGUGGAUCGCGGUUUGUGGAGGGCUACGGCGUGAAGCCAACGAUCCACGUGAUGAUUCGCCUGGUGUUCACCCUCUCGGAGUGCUCGCCGGCGAACGGCGGGGUUCUGGCAGGGAGCUCCAGUGGGAGCGCCGUGCCUGGUGCUGUCUGCAACGGAACCGGUGGGGUUCGGGGGAGCGGGCUAACUGCGGGGACCGAUGCGCUGCGGCUCUCCUGCCUCAAGUGUCUAGAGGUGAGGGUUGAGGGGUUGUUGUGGUGUUGGAGGGCGGUGAGCCCACCACCAUGUUACAGUAGCGUUCUCUCGUCCCAUCAAGGCUGCAGUUUCCCGUUCGCCCUGUUGCGAGUAGCCAUUGGCGGUGGUAGCAAGUGGGCUGUCUUGCGAGCUCCUUUCGCCUGUGAGUGGCAUCAUAGCAGCAGCAGCAGCAGCAGCAGCAGCAGUAGCAAUGACUCGCGAUGGUCCGAAGUGCGGAACGACCUGAAGGACGCCAUGGGCGGCGGAAUCCUCGCACAGCUCGUGCAAGAGCUCUUGCUGUGCUGUCAGCAAGGCGAGGAAUCUUCUCCUCCCGCUGCCAAUGGGGCUGGUGCCAGCAGGAGGGCUGUGGCGGCAUCGCCGGGUAGCGGGGGAGGUGGGAGAUCUAGGGUAUGGGGGGGGGCGGAAGAGGCCCGCGCGGCGGCAGGAUGCCUGGAGGCUCUUUGCUCCUUUACGCCCGGCUCUUCCGUUUGGAGGCGGCUGCUUCCCGGGACCUUCAGCGGCCUUUUUCGAACGAUCAGAGGUAUCGAUUCAGGGCGGGAUGUUGCUGGUGGCAUGGUGCUGCCGUCGUCAGUGGCUCAACGGGGAGGGGAUGGUCGACGGCGUGGCAGCGGCAGCAAGUCGGCUCUGGCAGAGGUGUGCCUAGGAACUCUUGCCAAAGUUCUCCUGAUGUGUGCGGGCGGAGACGCGGCUGCUGUGGCCGCCGCCACCAGGGCGGCCACCGCGGGUACUUGUGCCGCACGCGAUCCCGCCCGCGUGGUCAAGGCAGGCGAGGGCAUAGACGCAGCUGUUCAGGGUGGAACAGGCGGAGAACCAGAGACCAGCAACAGUACAAGCAGCAACCCGCUACUUGCUCUCCAGCGGUUAGCUGUCACUUCGAAUGCAUCUGCCCGGAAUCCCGGAAACCUAGCCCAACCCGCCGGUACCGCAAGCGCUGCCGCUUCUCCCGAAGGCCACCACAGAAGCGACAACCUCAGUCCAACCCCCCCGUGCCAGCCCGGAGCGUUUGCUGCUGCUGCGACGUCUACGACGACUUCGAGCGCCGCGGCCGCCUCCGCGGCUGCGGCUUCGGCGACGGUGAUUGCCGUCGAAAACCCGGAGUGGGAGGCUCGCACGAGCGACCGCCUCCGUCUUUUGCUGCCCCCCCUGCUUGCCUUUUGCUGCCUGCACCCCGGGUGGCGUGUGCGGCGCGCCACGGCCAAGCUGGCCUCCGAUCUGUUGCGAGCCGGCGGGGACGGCAACGAAGCGGCGAGCGGGGGUGAGGCGGGAAGAGGGAGCGGCGAAGGGAAGAUGGGACUACUGGAGCCGUUGACGCCGCUGCUGAUGGAGGCCUUGGUGGGGCUUCUUCUGGACAGCAUGCCGCAGGUGUCAGCGGAGGCCCGUCGGGGCCUAGACAGCUUCCGCGCAACCCUAUCUCCCUUCCGGUGGCUGGAGCUAAGGGGUAUCCUCCUAGAGCGCCUGAGCACAAUUGUGGAAGGGCUGCCGGCGAUGGCCAAGUCGGCAGACGAAAAACGGCUUCGCGGUGCGUUUGACCUUCUAGCUGGGUAUCUGUCGCUGUUGCGGUUCGAUGCUCGUACCGCCUUGGACGGUCGGUUGUCUUUGGUGUUGUCUUGCCUCUGCGAGACCCUGGAGUUUGACGAGGACUUCAACGUCCAGGUUUUCGCGAACGUCCGGGAGGACUCCACGCUGUCCUCGGCGAGGCGCGCCGUCCGUCUCCUGGGGAAGUUCUGCGACCUCCCCUCCCUCGCGGACGCCUCCAUAUCAUCGCUGGAAACCCGUCCUCCGCGCCCUCCUCCCCCUCCGUCCGGCCGGCGGCGGCACCGACCGUCUCCGGUUCCGUCGCCGGCGCCGGCGGCAACACCGGAGAUUGCCGUCGCCAUCGGCCCUUGGUCGGACCGUUCUUCUGCUUUUCGCGAGGACGGCGGCAUCAGCAGCAGCAACGACACCAUCUACCGACGGCGGUGCCUCAAGUGGCUCCGGCUCCGACUGCCUUUGGCGUGGGUGCUGAACCAGGCGCUCCUGGGUCGUGGUUCCGGUUCGGCGGCGGGAGAAGGGGCCGCCAAAGACGGUGGCGGGGAAGCGGCGGAGGCGGGGAAAUCGAACGUUACGGGGGAGGAUGAGGGAAUCUUUCUGCGGCGCGGUCUUGCGAUAUCCAUGCUGGAGCGUCUCCUAGCUUCUCACGCCUUCAACGUGCCGGUGUCGAGGGCCGAAGCAGCCGCCGCUGGCUACAGCGGGAGCUACGGGAAUGAUAGUGCCGCCGAUUUCGAGAGAGAGUCGCUGCUGACUAGCGGGGCUGCGGGUGAGGGAGAAAAUGGCGGCGUUGCAGCGCUGUCGCGGCGUCCCGUCGAAUACACGCGGUCAGGGCAGGUGCUUGGCGCCGGCGGCGACGGUGGCACCCGCUCUCCAUCUCGCGGGGUUUCCGGCCAGGUUCUCGACGCGAACGCGACCCUUGUUUCCACUAUUGUGGAGGCAUUGGGUUCUCUAGCGGAGGCGUCUGGCCCAGGGUGCGGGGAGGCAUUUCUUCGAAGAGCUCUAUAUCCCUUGCUGGAGAAGGCGGCGUCGACCCACCCCGUAGUAUCGCAAUCCGCGUUAGCAACCUUGGCAAGGGUGCGGGUGGCGUGUGGAGACUUUGAGGACACAUCGCAGCUGCUCGAGGCAAACAUGGACUACGUGGUAGAUGACGUGGUUCGAAGAGUGUCUUCCUCAUCCCGGAGAAGCCGCAACGUGGACGUUGGCAGUACCAUGAUAACCCACGGAGGACGCGGUGGAACCAGUGCCGGAUCGGGUAUUCCCGGUGUGGUGGAGGCCGUACUGAGGAUUGGAGGCUCUGCGAUGGGACCCGCCCUGGUGAGGGACCUGGCAGGUGUUACCCUUCGGGAGGUUGACGCGUGCGCCUGGGACCCCCGGCAGACUCGCUGUAGUCUCGGGGUCCUUCGCGCGGUUGCCUCGUGCGUGACGCUGCCCCCUCUGCCCGCCCCCGGGGUGGACGAGAAAGACACGGACGGCAAGGAGGAGGGGGAUUCACAAGGGGCAACGGAACGCAACGGAAACUCUGCACUAGUGGAGAGCCCGUGGUUCAGGCAACUAUUCGUGGAGUUCGCGGACGCUUCGGACAUCCUUCGUGCGGAAGAGAAUUCCUCGGGUGCCGGAGACAGGGCACAGUCGGCUACAAGCGGUCUAGUGAAGGCGGUGAAAGAGCAUCGCGAGGCUAUGGGCUACGAUGUCCCCGACGACGACUCCGAAGAAGGUAGAGUAGAAAGUGACACGGCGAACCCUGAAUACGAAAAGACCAAAGCGAAGUGGCGAGAGAUAGAGGAGGAGGCGCGAAAGGCGGCGGGACAGGCAGAGGAGGAGUCAGAGGGACAGCAAGAGUUGCCGGAGCCGGACGCGGAGGGCAGAAAGAUGGCAGAGUCCGAGGAGGUCAAAACGCUGUCCGAGGUGCUGGCACGCAGCUGCCACUUUCUCGCCACCCCUUCGCUGGAGACGCAAGCCCUGGCCCUCGCCUGCAUGCGCGACUGCGUGUUGAAGCUAGCAUCCGCCGGCGCCGACGCUGCUCUCUUGCCGCACGUGCACCGGGCAUGGCGACCGCUGAUGGCGAGUCUGAGGGAGCACCUGACUCCCCUCCCUUCUUCCGUCGGGUCUGGAGGUGACCACGGCGACGGCCACUUUGAGGCGUCUCCACUGUCCUCCAGGAGGGCCGUCGUGCUCCACUCGCUCGACACCGUCGACGCUUUGGUAGACGUCUGCGGCGAUUUCCUUUCGUCUAAGGUAUCCGAGGACUUGUGGCCGCUUCUGAAGCUUCUCUUGCUGCAGUAUGCAGCUUUCAAGACACCCGGAGGAGCCAACAGCAGCAGCGCCACCACCACCAUCACCACCACCAAACGGAAGCAGCAACGCUCGACGUUGUUUACAUCGUCUUCGCCGCCAUCGCAGUCGAUUUCUGCGCCGGGGGAGCUGUUCCUCGUCGGCAGCAAAACUAGCGGUCGCACGAACGAUACGGGGAACGGCAUACAUGUCGACGGUGACGGAAGCGGCCUCAAUAGCCUUCUUGCUGUUCCGCCUGGCGGGCCUGUGGGAGGCGUUCAUGGUGGGGGCGGAACCAAUGGUCCCAUGACGGGAUCAGUGGCGAGCAGUGGGAAGGGUGGUCGUAGAGGAAGGGAUACCAUGGGUGAGAAGGUGGUGGCCCGGACCCUCGAGAGCCUGGAACGCCUAUGCAGCAGCCAGCAGUGCGAGCGGUUCAUGACGCCGCUAGCCCGAGAGGUUGCCAUUGCAGCCCUCCCAUGCCUGUCGUCCGCCGGCGCCACCUCCAUCCUUUCCCGGGCCGAGGCGCUAUUCCGGCGGCUGGCUUUCCUCGACGGGGAUGGCGUGUGGCUGUUGCUGAUGCAGACAAUGGAUACCGCCACUCAGCAGCGAUGCCCGCAGCAGCAGCAGCAGCCGCCGCAGCAGCCAUAUUCGCGAAGGAAUCACCAUCAGCAUCUGCAGCAUUGUGCCUCCGUUGACGGCCAGAGAGGGGAUGUAACAUCAGACGGCGGCAGAGGCGCAAGUGGAUGGGUUGCGUCGCCCCCAACAGUCGCAGCAAGGUUGAGGUCGGAUGCGGGUGGCUCGUCUGCCGGUACGGGCGAUGCGGGGUGCAGUAGCAGCCAAGGUGGCAGUGGCGACGGAACCUCGUCGCGGCUGCCAGGUUGUCCUACCCUGGAAGACACCGUGCUUUCGGAGCUGUCAGCGGUGGGGGCAACAACCGGCAGGCGGCCUGCGGCUUUGCUCGAGAGGCGAUCCGUGUUCUCUGGGGGGGCGGGGCGGGUUGCCGUAGAGUGUGCCCCCGCGGCGUCUAGGCUAUUGGGUAUGUUGGGCGACCACGGAGGUGUGGUUGAGCACAUGUAGGCUCUCAACCCAGAUAUGUU